AUGAGUCACCAGGACGUCAAUUUUGAUGGGAUUACCACCAUUCAGGCUCACAUUGACGACUCUGACCCUGUAGGUGUUAGUCUCUUCAUUGAUGGUCGUCAAAUGCGCAAACCUUCUCACCCAUACCCCUACCAGGUCACUGGGAAUUUCCAAGUUCCCACACUUCAUUCAGCUUCAUCAUCACUUACCACAGCUGCUGCUGCAAAGGGGAAGUGGGGAGCAGCCAUGGAACAGACCAGGAAGCGUAAGGGAUCCCUCAUUGACUUUGAGAGUGGUGAUGACGAUGAUGAAAUUUGCAGCAAUACAGAUGAUCCCAAAAAGUAUGCGAGGCAAAACCACAGUGAAAUUGAAAAACGUCGCCGUGAUAAAAUGAAUUCCUAUAUCACAGAGCUGUCAUCCAUGAUUCCAAUGUGCAAUGCUAUGAACAGGAAACUGGACAAGCUAACUGUAUUACGAAUGGCUGUGCAACAUAUGAAAGCUUUGCGAGGUGCAAAUCGUACACACACAGAAGUCAGUCAGAAGCCAGCAUUUCUUUCAGAUGAGGAGCUUAAGCAUUUGAUUCUUGAGGCUGCUGAUGGUUUCCUAUUUGUUGUGAGCUGUGAUAGAGGCAAAAUUUUAUAUGUCUCCGAGUCAGUAAAAAGAACGUUAAAUUUCACACAGUCUGAUCUGAUUGGCCAAAGUUUGUUUGACAUCCUUCAUCCAAGGGAUAUCGGGAAAAUUAAAGAACAGCUCAGCUCUUCAGAUCUUACACCACGGGAACGGCUUAUUGAUGCAAAAACCAUGCUUCCAGUCAGAACUGAACUACCUCAGAAACCAACCCAGCUAUGCUCAGGAGCACGGCGUUCUUUUUUUUGUCGAAUGAAAUGUGGCAACAAGUCUUCAGAAAUCAUGCCCAACACUGUCAAAGUAGAGAAAGACCCCGAUGUUGAUCAUUCCCAUAAAAAACGAAAAUCUGACAGAAAAAAUUUCUGUAUAAUACACUGUACGGGGUAUUUGAAAUCAUGGCCACCCACAAGGAUGGAUAUAGGAGGAGAUGAGGAGCAAGAGAAUGACAACGAACUGUGUAACUUGAGCUGUUUGGUUGCUGUGGGACGAACACUGCCACCUUUCAGCCCCUAUAAUCUACCUGAAAGUGGAGCAAUUCAUAUGCGACCAACAGAAUAUGUUUCCCGACAAAGUAUUGAUGGGAAAUUUACAUAUAUAGAUCAUAGGGCUACUGUUAUAUUAGGUUAUCUGCCUCAAGAACUUUUAGGAACAUCAGUUUACGAAUAUUACCAUCAAGAUGAUAUAUCAUAUAUGGCAGAAAUACACAGAAAAGUUUUACAAACGAAAGAUAAAAUUGAAACGCACAUAUUUCAAUUCAAAGCAAAAGAUGGUACAUUUCUUCAUUUAUGGUCAAAAUGCUUCAGCUUCCGAAAUCCAUGGACAAAAGAAGUUGAAUAUAUUGUGACUACGAAUACUGUUGUUCCGAUGCCAAAAGUUACAAGCUCAAACCAAGCAGCAGAAUCAAGUGAAACUCCAAUGCAAGUGGAUAUCAACGUUGAAAAUGCCUCAUCAAGUAAAGUAGAAGAAACAUCAAUUAUUGUCCAACCUCCACCACCAACCCAGACUAGUGUUACAAAAUCUGGAUCUACAAUACCUGGAAUUUCAGUUGGUACAAGAGCAGGUGCUGGUCGAAUAGGGAGACAAAUUGCAGAGGAAGUUUUAGAAAUGACAAGUAACCGGUCAACAUUUACUGCUGAUAGUAGUAGUGUUCCAGGACCAUCAGCAGCACAAAAUAAACAUACUCGGACAAAAACAUCUGCAGCAGAAACAACUAGUACUGGGUGCAACCCUUCUCUUUCAUCAUCAAGGACUGCUUCCCUGUUGACACCACAUAAUGGAAUCAGCGUGGGAAUUCGAGAUUCAGAAGGCUCAAGCCACGACAGUAGUUUGGUGGAUUCCGUAAUGAAUGAGCAUGUUAUCAAUGAGAUGACAAAUCCAGGCAACAGUGGGGAUGAUGAGGCAGCAAUGGCUGUAAUUAUGAGUUUGUUAGAAGCAGAUGCUGGGCUUGGAGGCCCAGUUGACUUCAGUGAUUUACCAUGGCCAUUAUAG